UCGGAUACGGUCGGGAUCAGCGAAACUUCGAGUCGAGAGCUUCGGCGCGUCGUGCCUCAACCAAGCUAGCCCGUACUGUGGUUGGCACAUGCGCAUGCAACAUUACUGGCCUUGAAGUGAGUUCCGUUGAAUAUUCAUGAGUUUGCAAAACCAUCGCAAGCAACAACUGUAGCGAGUGUGUCCUCCUUAGAAGAGAGAGUGUUUGCAGAUCAAUACGCGCGUGACCUCCGACCAUGGUGAACAAACAAUACAACGUGCACAACCCAAAGUUGCACAAGUCCAAAUCGGGCGGAUCUCCACCGCCCGUCCGUAACUUCCCAGAGGUAUCGAACCUCCCGAAUCCCUCGACCGGAUCCUCGUCCGGCUCGCUGGAGAACAACCUGAACCACGUUACGGAACGUCACCACCAUCAUCACCACCACCACCACAACCACAGCCAGAACCAACAGCUGCUCCAGAACAACCUGGACAUGGUUGGGGCUGGUGAUCGCAAUCGCCGCCGCGGAACCGCUUCGCCACCGUCCGACGAGGACUUUGGCGAGGACGGCGUGUACGGCCGGAACAUCAGCUACUACAGCGAGACGGCGGCGGCACAGCUGGGUGGUGGUGGCGAAAGUGGCUCCAACGAGCGGCUCAGCGUCAAGGACCUGGCGGACAUCAGUGACAUUGGCCGGUUUCAGUACAUUCUGCAGAUGGAUCGUGAAGUGGGCACCCCGUACAGCGGCUACACAACCUCAUCCUCCCCCACCCAGAACUGCCCCAACUCGUCCGCGCCCAACUCCCUGCCCAGCCACCUGCACACCAGCCGCCAGAGCUACAACUUCUGGAAGGCGUCCGGCUCGCAGUCCCCGCUAACCAGCGCCUCCUCCAUCAAUUCCUUCUUCCGCCCAUCGGUGCACUCGCGGGGCUGCUUCCGCCGAACCCUGCAUCAGAUAUGGCGCUUCCUCAAGUGGCCACUGGGACUGCUGCUGAUUUGCAGUUUGCUAGGGUUAGUCGUGUACUUUUUGGUUGUAGAUAGGGACAUUAUGAGCAGCUCGCUGCUCGGCGACGGCGACGUGUACAACGUGGAGGAGAACCUCUCGAUAGACUUCAACGAUUUUACCCACACCAACGAUCUGGACAGUGGCCCCGUCACGACGUUCGGCCGCGAUCACAAGGACAACGCGAUCGGCUUCUCCAAGGACGGUGCCACUCCCAACUCCAAGUUCUCUUUUGGGCUAAACAACGACCUGCUGGCGGUGCUGGUCAAAAAGACAAACAACGGCGAAGGUCAGAACACGUUUUGGACGUCGACAUCGACGGAGCACGAGAGUCUGAGCGAGGAAACUCCGGCCGAGGUUGUGAAGGUGCUGAGUAGUACGACGACGGCACCAGUCCGGAAGACCAGCACCAUCUCGCUGAAGGACUACACCAAGGGCCGGGUUCAGUUCGACGAGGACGAGGUGUUCGAGGUGCCAGCUGAUGAACACACGACGCGGGCCAUCGAUGACGUGCAUCACCACCACGACUUGGACGGCGGGAUACAGCGAAAUCUCACUUCCGCGUCCUCGUCGACGACGGGCAUCACCACCUCCACCACGGACUCCAGCCUGUACCGGACCAAGGUAUCGCCGACGUUGCCCAUUCUGUCCCGGUUUGAGAUCACCACCGAAGGUUUGAAACGUUUCAAUAUUUCCGAAGAAGGCAUUUGCAAGUCGACCUCGUUGCCCCUGUGUCGCGGGGUGCUCCAGUACGAUCUGACCAACUCGAGCAACCGGCGGCUGACCAACGUCGAGUACGAGCACUUCCAGUAUCUGAUCAACUCCAAGUGUUCCGUGCGGGUGGCGGAGUUUGUGUGUCUUAUUUUGGAGCCCGAGUGCCGGCCGACUCGGAUGGGGACGCUGGCACCGUGCAAGCGGAUCUGCAAGUCCAUUCUGGAACCGUGCGCGCACAUCAUCGCCUCUUCGGAGGUCCUGACCGCCACGUUUGACUGCGACGCCUAUCCGGACUCCAACGACCGAGCCGUGUGCGAAGAUCCAACGCGCCACAGCAAGUGCUACGCCAACGAGUUCCAGUGCGCGGACUCGAGCUGCAUUCCACUUCAAUGGAAAUGCGACAACAUCAAGGACUGCCAAAGCGGUGAGGACGAAUCCGACUGCAAGUUCUGCGAGCGGGACGAAUACCGGUGCCUUUCGAACGACAAGUGCAUUCCGGACAAGUGGCGCUGCGAUCAGUACGAGGACUGCCCGGACGCGUCCGACGAGCUGGAUUGCUACUACGAUGAGCCGACAACCUAUCCAACGGCCUUCGGCAGCCAACGUGAGUAUCCGUUUGUGCAGGUCCAGGUUCCGAACAGUCCCGUCAACGGCAAACCAUACCUGACGAUUACGAACGAGGAUCGGGAGCGAAAUCUGCACCAACAGGAUCAACAGCAGGACCAGGCAGGUCGCCAGCAGCGACACUAUCCGGACUACGAUUCUUCCCGGGAGGACGACGAGUACGAGCCAACGGCAGCGGAGAACGUGCCCCAGAUCAACCGCAGGAACCGUACCGAAACCGUUGAGAACAGGACAGCGCGGUUGGAGGAUCAGACGGAAGCGGAAACCACGAGGACCAUUUCGGUUCCCAAGUCUUUGAGUAACUUCCAGGACAGCAAGGAAAUCAUGAUGACGUCGGACUCGGAGAACGAUUUCAGAUACAGCAGCACCAGCAGGGCAUUCCUGACGACGGCACACGCGUCGCCGUGUCCCGAGGGGGAGCUGCGCUGCGUGAGCGGAAUUUGCAUUUCAGUGAGCCAGUUGUGUGAUAAGGUGACGGAUUGCCCGGACGGUGCCGACGAAGCCAUGUGCGUCUACAAGGACGAAACCACUGAGCAGAGUCCGUCAAAAGAAUAGUACCAGUUGUGUAGCAUAGACAAAAAGAAACGCGAUAUUUAGUAGUAGCAAAAAA